CCUUUGGACCUGACAGCUAUGAGAUUUUUAUCAGCAGCAGUGCUAAGGAGAUUUGGGAGUCCAAACAAUGGUUCAUAAACAUCACUUCCAUCCCCCGAUAGCCAAGACAGAGAAGAGGCACGAUUUACUUACUGUCUAGAAAACGUUCUGUGAGGAGAGAUUACGAGUAAAGAGCAACUCCGCAAGGCAAAGCGAUAGUGCAGAAUCUAGAAUGGAUGUCCUCUUCUUAGCCGCCCUUGCUGUGCCACUUAUCCUGGGUAAGUCCACUCCUGAGCCCGAGCCUGCCAGUCCUUUUCUUAUAAACGGGAUGAGAGAAGAGCUAGAAGGAGAAGGACAGGAAUACGAGGACGAAGAAGAGCUGGACGAGGGUGAAUACUAUCAAGUGUCAUAUUAUUAUUACACAAUUACUACCCCUAAUUACGAUGACUUUAGUGCAAACUUCACUGUCGAUUACUCCAUGUUUGAGUCGGAGGAUAGGUUGAACGGGUUGGAGAAGGAGGUGACCACAGAGGCAGUGGAGACCACCAUUAGUCUCCACACAGAACUCGCGGACCCUCAGAAUCCCGUGACAACCAGACCAGUGACGACGGAGCCAGUGACUACAGAGCCACAGAUUCCAGAUCAGAAUGAUGCCAUGUCCAGUCUGCAGAGCUCUGUGUCCUGUCUUCUCUUAUGGACCCUCCUUCAGGGGGGGCUGCACUUUAUGUAGAAGGUGAGAGAAGGCUGCUAUGACUCUUCGGACAAGAGUUUGGCAAGAAUCUCCCAUGGCUCAGGCUGGUCUUGAACCCAUCUCCUGCAUCCAACCGCUACGAUUACAGCAGGAAUAAGACAUCACACCCAGCUUAAUUAUAUUUUAUGAUAUGUCUUGAAACUUUGGGGAAACAGUGCUGAGGUUUAAUUUAGAAACUUUUUCUUUUUCUAAAAUAACCACAUUGCUAAAUAUAAGUAAAGAGUAUUCGAAUAUAUUUAAAAUAAUCAUGCAUUCUCUAAACCCCGACUUAUAUUCCUGUUCAACUUUUUCUUUAGUAAGAAUAUGCAUUUAAAAAAAUAUUUCAAGUCUCUGUCCUCCCGACCCUAGUCAGAACUAGGGUGCCCCCUCGCGAUCCCUCUGUUGUCUUCAAAUUACAGGGUCUUGUUCUUUAUUGUUUGCUUUAACUCUGACUUGAUAAAACGGAUGUAAGCGUCUA